UCUGACGUCACACAGGGGCAAAGCCUCAUUUACGCAUACUGCUGAGUGUAGCGCGUGUCUAGGCUUCCACGCCGGUUAUAGCGAAGCUGUAGAAAUCUCUAUGAGGUUUAACUGUAAAUUUAGUGAUUUCAGGAGUUGGUUUACAUGCCGAACAAUAGAUAAAAAGGAGUAGCUGAAUGUUAUUGACAAGUCAACUGGAAAAGUGCAAAUAUGGAGAGUUAGUGUAGGCUAAAAGGCUAAAUGCCACUGAAUAGCCCUGCAAUACGUCUCCACAUUAGGAGCAAUUUAAUAACAGUCCCAUAGGGCAGAGGAGGCUUGCAGCCAUGGCAGGCAGGGGUCGUGGAGUGGGGGCCUUUACCUUCAACAUUGAGGCUCUGGGCAUCGGCAGGGGCAGCAUGCCAGACGCCAGGGUGGGGCCGAACCCGCUGUUUCCAAACAUAGACUUUAAACCUGUGCCGCUGAAACGUGGGGAGGAAGAGGAGUACAUGCUGGCCUUAAAACAGGAGAUGAGGGGAACAAUGCAACAGCUCCCACACCACAUCAAGUUUCCGAACAAUAAAGCAGAAGUGGAGAGAUACACGGAGAGAUACCUGAAGCAAAGCCAGAUAGAUGAUGCAAAUUGGACUCCAGACUGGAACUUUCUACCAAAGGAAUUGAUGCCCCAAAAGAAAAAACCUCUCGUUAAACCAGGCCCAAAGAAGAAAACUGUGAAGAUAUCACAGAAGGACUCAGAAGCUAUGCUGAGUAAAUUAGAUGAACUGGCAAAGAAAGAUGACGGGAACCCUGAAAAAUCUGACGAGGAGACCGAAAAGAAAAAAGGGAAUGAGGAGGAGGAGGAAGAAAUUGAAGCGGAAGAAUAUGAAGAAGAGGAUGUUGAAGAGGAAAACGACUACAUUGACAGCUAUUUUGACAAUGGCGAAGAGUUUGGUGCGGGCAGUGAUGAGAAUAUGGAUGCCGAAGCAACAUACUGAAAGUGCGACUCAACAUGCAAACUCAGUUAACGUAAACAAUCUGUGUGAUUGUUUCUGGUGGUUGAAUAUUGUAGAUAAGUUAAUAAUACUGUGUGGCAGAGUGAUAGUUGUGUGUUCUUGAGAGAUAAGCUUUCCUUUAAAGUCUUAUGUAAAUAAGAAAUGCCAAACAAUGUGCAUACUGGCAAUAAUUUAUUCAAAAUAGAUGUAUUUAUUUUCCAGCCUGUCACAUUUCCACAGGUUGAAAGGCACAUACUGUCAACAACAUGUAAAUGCUUUUUCAUAAAGUAUCAAGUGAACACGGUGAUAAAAUAAAAGGGCUAUAUGACAAAGUCUAAAAUCUCACAUAAUUACUCUUAUGAGUCAUCGUGGGAAUAAUGUGCAUUUCCCAUUUUCGUCACCAUACUCUCUGAGGUUGUUUUUUUGGAAGAAAAAAAAAAAAUGCAGCUCUCUCGCUG